AUGGCUGCUAAUAUGGAAAUGAUCCAGAAACUGCAGAGGGAAAUCACCUGUGAGAUCUGCAGGACCUGCUUUUCUCAGCCAGUCACCUUGCACUGUGGGCACAGCUUUUGUCAAGCAUGUCUCUCCUGCAGCUUGACACUUGGAGCUACAUAUUUCACUUGUCCUCAGUGCAGGCAAUUUUCCCAAAGCACAGAACUCCCAGCAAUCAAUGUGUGCCUGGAAAAGCUGACUAACAUUGGUAAACAGCUCAUCUUCCUUUCUUUGAAGAGUCCUGAAAGCCGGAGUCAGUGCCCCACUCAUAAAGAAGCGGCCAAGCUCUUUUGUGAGGAGGACCAGACAUUUCUCUGUGUGCAUUGUUCCCAAACAGCAGAGCAUGCAACUCACACCUUCUCUCCUAUAGAAGAGGCUUGUCUCAAUUACAGGGAGAAGCUCCAGCAGAUCUUGAGAGACCUGGAGAAGCACUGUAAAGAAGUAGAGAAACUGCUUUCUCAGGAAGAGAGACCUUUUGUUGACAGUAAAUUGAUGAUCACAGGAGAAUACAGCAAGUUUCACAUCUUCCUGUGGAAGGAAAAAUCUCAUUGUUUAGACAGACUGAAGGAAGAACACAGGAUCAGGGAAGAGAGAAUAUCCCAGCACAUGCAAAGCCUUCAGGAAUUCAUGCAAGAGCUGCAGAAAUCCAUCCAUAAACCCAAUGCUGAGCUGCUGCAGGAUGUCAAGGACUUGUGGAGAAGGAGUGAAUCAAGGAAGUCCCAAAGGCUCCAAGAUGUCAAACCAGAGCUGAGACAAUAUCCCAUAACUGGGAUGAUUGAGGUCCUCAACAGAUUCAGAGUGGACAUCAGAGUGGAUCCUCAAUCAUCCAGUCCCUAUGUGAUUGUUUCAGAAGAUCAGAGGAGUCUGUGGGCUGCAGAGGGCUGGCAGGGGGAGCCCAACCAUUCCGAGGACCCUGCUCACCAUUAUGUCUUUGCUGAGCAGACAUUCAACUCAGGCAUACACUACUGGGAGGUGGAUGUGAUCCAAGUGCCUCAGUGGUCACUGGGGAUCCAUGCUCCCUGUGUUAAAAGAAGUCGAGAAGGGAGCCAGGACUCACGUGACUGUGUAUACGUGCUUCGCUACAUCAAGGUGAAAGAUAUUUACUACUUGCUAACCUAUCCAGGACUUUUAAACCAUCAAGUGAAAGACCCCAUCCCCAGGAUUGGGAUAUACCUGGAAUGCAGUUCUGGCACGCUGGCCUUUUACAAUGCUCUCCAAAGCACCCUCAUUUAUAGAUUCUCUCUUACUGGGAUCUCACGAAGUGUGAGACCAAUCUUUUCUCCUGGACCUCCACUUCAAGGGACAAAGCCUGGUCCCAUGACUCUCUGUUCAGUGAACUCUCGUCUUCGUGCUGGCUGCUAUUCAUCUCUCUGA